AAACUGAUUAAAAUGCAGAAGUAAAAGUGAAGAGUUUGACAGAGGUUGUGGGUGGAACAUUUCUGUGUUAGAAAACAGUCUGGUGAAUGUUGUAUUUCCUCCAAGAACCGGACGAUGCAGAGCCUUCAAAUGCUGCUCUUCUUCCUCAUCGCUUCUCCCUGUUUUGUGAGCAGCACAAGACCGUUGAUCCAUGUAUUUGGAUAUGAAGGGAGAGAAGCCAAAGUCUCCUGUUCUUAUGAUGCAGGAUAUGAGGAUUAUGAGAAGUACCUGUGCAGAAACGGCUGUGGCAGUAAUGAUGUUCUCAUCACAACGACAGAAGCAAAGAAGAACAGAUUCACUAUCAGCGACGAUAUAAACAAGAAGGUUUUCACAACCACCAUCUCUAAUCUUCAGUAUCGUGAUGCAGGAAAAUACUGGUGCGGAGUGACAAGAUAUGGAUAUGAUUACUACCCUGCUAAAGUUAGUCUGGAGGUGGUGAAAGACACCUGCUGUGACAAUUCCACCAAAGUCCCAAGUUCUGAGGGAGGUUCUGUGUCCAUCACUUGUUCAUAUGAGUCUCGGUACCAGAACAACCUGAAGUACAUGUGCAGAGGAAACCGUCCGUCCACAUGUCUGCAGCAGGCAGUAGUCUCCUCCACCAAGAAACAAGACACACGCUUCACACUGACUGAUGACAAGCUGUCAACAUUCACAGUGAACAUCACCAGUCUGACCCAACAGGAUUCUGGGUCGUAUCUUUGUGGAGUCCACACAAACACAGGCCUUGAUGUUUUCUCUGCUGUUGAUCUGGAGGUCAAAGAGUGGUGCUGUGUGAAGUCAAACAAACUAAGGGGC